GUACAAUAAAAUAUAAAACUUAACAAUAUAAAGUAUAUAUGCUUAAAAUUAUUAUCUUAUCCUAAUUUUUGUAUAGGUUUAACACUAAUGAAAAAAAAAAAGUUACUUGUCUCUUUGUUUUGCAUGAUUACUUUCUUAACAUACUCGACUGCGCAGUUUUUUUAUCCAUCAAGAAAGUUAUCAUCUCGCUACUCAUUCACUAUUUUUCAAGAUAGACAAGUAACAUAUAGUACAAACCUUGUGGAAACACAUGCGGAUUACGAAGAUUGCAUUACUGUUUGCUAUAACAUUUUUGAUAGAUGUAAGUCCAUAGACAUCCAAAUUGUGAAUAAUUCAACACUAGUAUGUCGAUUUUUUAACGACGAUUCUCCACCAACUCAGUUAGCAGAAGGAUAUCUUUUUGUUUCUACAGUACCACCAAAAUGUUCUCAAAGUUGCAGUUUAACAUUGAACCCGUGUGGAAAAUGUAAAUGCAAUCCAUCAUGUUCUGCAAAAAAUCGGCGACAACAUAUUUGUAAUUGUACAACAGCAGCAGGAGUUGCGAAAAGUUGCCAAGAACAUUAUGAUAAUGGGUUCACUAAAACAGGAGUAUUCAUAAUUAUUCCGAAUGGCUUUCCAAUUGAGACUAUAUGUGAAAUGGAUAAAGUUGAGCGUAAAAAUCCUAAAAUUAAUACUCAAAAAUGCAUGCUGCAAACAUCAACAAUGAUGGAGUUUUCAUUUGCUUUUUCAGUAUCAUACUGUGCAAUUACUUGUGCAAAAAACAAGGGAAUUGACACAGUCAUUUUUAACUCUCCUUGUUUCUGUGGGCGUUAUCUUGGUAGAACCUAUUUGUGUCCUUUUUUUAAAGCAUGUACAUACUCUGAUUAUUGUAGAAUAGGAGAAUCAUUUGAUUGCACAUUAACAAAUUUGAAUAGAUUCGAGCUGUUAAUUUAUGAAAAUGAAGUUUUAAUUUCUUUUGACAAAAAUUCAUGUGUAAAUUUUUGUACAAAUUAUCAGAAUACAAACUCAACAUAUAAUGGAUAUGUUGCAAGUGGAAUAGCUGUAACAAAUAAUGAUUGUCUGUGUCUUUAUGGAUUUACUGGUAAAACAACAUCUGCUUAUUAUGGAUGUUUGUAUUAUGACAUGGCACCAACAACUGUGGUUACAAGCAUUAAAGAAGUUAAUGAGCAACUAAUACAAAGUUCAAACUUAAUUACAACAUUAUCUUUUUUGGAUAAGACAUUUUCAGUUUUUUUUAUGCUGAAACCGAUCUCAAAUAGAGGCUUGAUGUGUAAUAUUAUUCAUAUGACUACUUACGGCCAUUAUGGUUAUUAUGGAGCUAGAAUUCCUGGUGUAUGGAUGGAUCCAAGUUCAAGAUUAUACGUUUCUUUUGCAGUUAACGGAGAUGGUGAUUAUGCUUUUUAUACCCAAUCACUAUCACUAAAUGUAUGGUCAAGUCUACUUAUAUCACAAACUGAUUUUAAUGGAGUUUACACAUACACAGUUUAUUUAAAUGACCAAAUUGUCCGAAAUAAUACAAAUUAUCAGCCACAGUUUUUUAAAGAUGUCAAAGUUUAUGCAUCAGAUCCAUGGUCUUGUACAUUUGAUGGCUAUAUUAAAGAUCUCAAAAUUGUUAAUGGAUAUGCUGAUUUUGUAGAUGAAGUCAGUGAGUUAGUGAUAAAAAAAAAUAAUUUAAUUGCAUUAUUGUCAUACUUGGAUGAAGCAUACUCAGUUUCAUUUAAAAUUAAACCCAGAUCAUAUUCACUAGGAUGGAAGAGUGUUAUUCAUUUAACCAUUGGAAAAGAUGUAGGUAAUUAUGGUGAUAGAACCCCAGCUGUAUUUUUUAAUAGUGAUAGGUCAGGUAGAUUAUACAUUACUUCAGCAGUUAGUGGAAAUAGCAAUCAUAUUUUUAUCACCCAGCCACUGCCGCUGAAUGAGUGGACAAGUAUACAAAUAUUGCAAAUCCAAUUAAAGGGAAAGUAUGUAUUUUCAGUGUAUUUAAAUGAAUUAAUAGUUCAUAGCGUUGAGAAUACAAAGCCACAAUCUUUUGAAAAUCUUAAAGUCUAUGCUGCAGAUCCUUGGUAUGAUGCACAAGAUUGCUCCAUUAAAGAUCUCAAAGUCAUAAGUGGAAGUAAUGGAGUCUGGAUUCCAAUGAUGACACGAUUUGCCAGCUGGGAAUCGUCUUUUUGGGAUAAAAGUUAUGAGUCUUAUGAAAAUGGUUUUGGUUUGGUAAAUCAGCAAUGGAUUGGCUUAAAAAAUCUUAAUCAAAUAACAAGCAAUUAUUUUACUGACAUGAGAAUUGAUUACGUUUUUAAAGAAGGUAUAACAUUUAGUACAAGGUAUUAUAAUGUUACAAUUGGCUCAAGUGAAGAGAAAUAUAUCUUUCAAUAUGAAAAGUAUAAUCCAAGAGGCUCUGGUGAACCAGAUCGAUUGAACACAAACGGUAUGGUAUUCAACAAUUGUAGCAACUGGUGGACAGCUAUUGGACAAAACAAUGUUAAUUGCAAUAAAGAUAUGUUUCCGACAUCGACUAACUACAUCUGUUUUGGGUCAGCUAAAGAAUUGCUUUCUAUACAAUUUUUCUUACGCACAAAUUUAGAAAAAGAAACUACUAACGCACCAUAAGCAGUAACGAAAAUUGUCAAGAUUAAAUUUUUAUUAUGCUAAACUUCUAUUAAAUAAAUAAACAUUAAAAGUUAAACAUUUAAAGAGUAUGAUAUAUUGAAGAUCUGAUUUCAAUCGAAGAUCACUUAAUUUUAAAUUGUGACGUGUUGACGUGUUGUAAUAUAUAACAGCCUUUUGUUUUUUAAUUUUUAUUCACAUUUAUAAUUUUUCACUUUUUUUUUUAAUAUUUGCGAAGUAAUAACAUUUUGGAGUAAUCGAAUAUUUUUGAGCUUUUACUUUAGAGUUUCAUAAAUUUUUUGAAACUCAAACAAUGAAAAAUUUUGAAUAUGUCCAGUCAGUGGCGUAACUAGGGGGGAGCAUAACCCCGCAAAGCGUGGGGGUCCCGCGGAGAUUUACAAAUUUUACUCAUAUGAAUAAUAGCUACGAAUAAUUACUCAUAUGAAAAAAGAUUCUAACUUAUUUCUCAAAUUUAUAAAAUAUAUAUUUUUUACAGGCUUAAUCGUGUUAUAUUAAUUUAAUAUAAAAAGCAAAUAUUGAAUUUUUCAUUCUUAUUAUUUUGAAAAAAAUUAAAGUGGGAGAAAAAAUUAAAAGAGGGCCCCUUUACUUUUUUGGCGGAGGGGGUCCCAAAUUUAUAAGUUACGCCACUGUGUCCAGCUCAUGUUAUUUUUAAAGUUACUGGCUUUUGUAAAAUACGCUUGGUUGAAAGUUUUUGCAUAUAUAUAUAUAUAUAUAUAUAAUAUAUAUAUAUAUAUAUAUAAAA